AUGUGUAGCAGGCAGCAUUCCCAGGCGUGCCUGAACACAUCCCUGUCGAUACGACAGGAGAUACAAAGAUUUGAGAGUGUGCAUCCAUCUAUUUACGCUUUAUACGACCUUGUGGAGUUGGUACCUGAUCCACUACUCGCCCAGCAGAUUAGAGACCACGUCGUGGCUAUUGAAGGUGAGUACUUGCAUCGUAGUGGUUCAUUGUUUACGUGUUACAACGCGGUUUCUCCGGACGACUAA